CUGCGGAUACCGGCGAAGACCUUUGACCUUGCAUGAACAACACAUUGAUCGUGCAUGACUCGUCAUAAAUUUAUUUUACUGUCGCUGGAAAAAGUCCUUGCUUUUACUCAAAAGAUCGCCAAUAAUUCGAAGGAUGGGUAAGAAGCAAAAGAAGGAAGUGGAACAAUCUCCUAAAGAUACACACUUUAAUUCACUUACUAUUGAGAGCAAAAAUCUACAGACAGUGGUACUUAUGCUGGAUUCACCAGAGGAUGAAAUCUUGCUUAAAGCCUGUGAAGCUAUAUACAAAUUUGCAGAAAAAGGAGAUGAAAACAAAUUAAACCUACUUGGACUUGGAGCGAUUCCAAAAUUGGCUAAAUUAAUAGCUCAUGAAGAUAAACAAAUCCACAAGUAUGCUACUAUGGCAUUUGGAGUGAUGUCCACUCACAGUGAAGUUAGAAAAUCAAUGAGACAGUUGGAUUUUCUACCAUCAAUAAUUGCAUGUCUAGCUCCUGAAGAGGAUGUUGUUGUUCACGAGCUUGCUACAUUGUGCCUAGCUUCCAUGUCUAUCGAUUUCACAAGUAAAGUAGAAAUUUAUGAAAAAGGGGGGUUGAAACCACUCAUUAGUCUUCUUUCAAGUCCUGAUCCUGAUGUACAGAAGAACUCCAUUGAGUGCAUUUCAAACUUAAUUAAGGAUGUUUUACCUCGCUCUGCAUUUGCUGAAAUGACUGAAAUUACACCUCUGCUGAACCUUUUGAACUCUGAAUAUCCUGUUAUUCAGCACUUGGCAUUGCAGACCCUAAUAACCAUGUCCAAUGAUGCAGUCAGCAGAACAGGACUGUUUCAGAAUGAAGGUCAUGAGAACCUCCUCAGAGUUCUUGACAAUCCGGAAUUUAGUGAUCUUCAUGCAGAGGCUUUGCUUGUGCUGGCGAAUUGUCUGGAAGAGCCAGAUAAUGUAAUGUAUAUCCGUGAAUCAGGAGCCCUAGAAAAGUUCUUACUAUUUGUAACCACAUCAACUCAUUCAGAAGCCCAGAAGCAUGCAGCAAAAGCAAUAGCAAGAUCAGCUCUUAACAGUGAAACAAGGCAUAUUUUACAUCAAGAAGGUGUGGAAAAAGCUUUGGUGUUACUUUUGGGAGUCAAUAAUGAUGAAAUCAGAGUGGCUGCUUCUGAAGCCAUAGCAGUAAUGUGUGAAGAUGAAGCUAGUAAAGAGACUUUCAGAACCGAAGGAAUUUUUUGCCUGGUUCCAUUGCUGAUGAGCAACAAUGUGGAACUGAGAGAUGCUGUUAAUCUAGCACUAGCAAAUCUGACAACUGCUAACUCCAACAAUGCUAAUGCUGUCUUUGAUGCUGAAGGAGUGGGGCCGUUGGUGAAAUCGCUGCUUGAUUCAAGAGAUUCCAUUGUUGCCAGUGCUGCUACUACAAUUACUAAUCUAGCUCUACAGGAACCUAUACGAAACAGUAUUCAGAGAUAUGGGGCUAUGACAAUGAUUGUGGAACCACUGAAGUCGAGCAAUACCCUUGUGCAGAGCAAGGCUGCAAUUGUUGUGGCUUCAUUGGCUUGUGAUGUUAAUGGAAGGACUGAGCUGAGAAAUGCUGGAGGAUUGGAACCACUUGUUGAACUGUUACAUUCGGAUAAUGAUGAAGUGAGGCGCAAUGCUUGUUGGGCUGUUCUUGUCUGUGGGAAAGAUGAGCCCACAACACAUGAACUUUGUAAACUAGGUGCAUUGGAAAUUCUACAAGAAAUAAACAUGUCUUCAAGUCGUCGGAACCAUUUUAGUGAAAUAGCUGUGAGCAGACUACUUGACCACAAUGCCUCUCUCAAAUAUACACUGACUGGAUAUUUGUCAUCCAAUGAUAUCAUCGCUGAUGGUUUCUAUGAUCCUGGUCGGGUAAAACUGGGCAAGAAAGUCUUGACUCUUGAAGAAUUCAGUAAUCAAGACUUGAACCAGCAUCGGCCAAUACUUCUAAUUAAUGCAAAAAGAACAAAUGAACCCCAGGUGGAAGCAACAUCAACUGAUGACAAAUUUCUCGAUGUUCCAGUAGCAAGCAGUGGUCGCAAUAUUUCUAGUAGAAUGAGUAGCAGAGAUAAAUCAUCCAGCAAAGGAAAAGGUAGAGGAAAAAAAGAAGAAGAAAAAUUUAAAGAAGGCGAAACUCUACAAACCAAGGCUGAGGAGGAAGAGAAAAACAAACAAUGGGAACCUUCUUAUGAUGUGCUUUUUGAUUCUUUUAUCAGUGAAGUUACAAAUAGUAUUUUACCACUCCCCAAUAUGAGAGAUCAAGUGGUAUCUCUUGCACUCUUUGUUUCUGAUAAAAUGGGUGGACCUGUAGACAAGGAAAUGUUUCAUGAGUUCCCUUGGGAACUUCACAUUGCUGAACUGAAGCAUGAAUUAAAAUCUAACAUUAUUCCUAUUGGUAAAAUUCAAAAAGGAAUCUACUAUCACAGAGCACUUCUAUUCAAGGCUUUAGCUGAUAGAAUAGGAAUCAAUUGUAGUCUUGUUCGUGGAGAGUAUAACCGAGCCUGGAAUGAAGUCAUGCUAAUUGAUCACCCUCCUCUAGAUACAGCUGGACUUCUCAUUCCUCCAAAGGCAUACAUUGUGGAUCUCAUGCACCAAGUCGGCCAGUUAAUGAAGACUGACAGUGCUGAAGCAGCACACUAUAAAGUUUGCACAGGUUGUAGCCAUCGGCACUGUAAAUGUUGCAAACAAAUGUCUUGUCAUUGAGAACACCUUGAGCAAACAAAAUGAGUAGUUAUAUAUUUACAUCUACUGUCCUUAAAAAUAAUGCACAUUAAAAUUGUUGCCGAACUAUCUUAAAAAACAUAUUUAAAAAGUAAUAAAUUUACCAUUCAGAUUUAUUUGGUUCUUUCGCUUUUUAUAUUAGUUCUUUGUGUUCCUGACUUAUUUCUGAAUAAGAAUAUUUGAAUGUAACUGAAUGCCUUGAUGCUGCUGGA